AUGGCGGAAACGCUCUCUAACAGCGAGUCUCAAUACUGGCCCACCUACGGUACCAACACCACCGAAAGAAACAGUCCUUACGCAUCUCUUCUCCAUCUUCUCCGAUCUCAUUCACCAACAUCCUCACAUCUCUUUGGUUUCCUCGCUCUCUUCAUAUCCGGUGGGCUCCUCACCUUCCUCCUAGGUGUAUCCGUGACCGCCACCGCGUUCGGCUUCAUUGCUGCUCUUCCGUUGAUCAUCAUCUCGGGUCCGAUCUGGCUUCCGGGUUUUGUCCUUGUUGGCGGCUGCUUUACUGUCGCCGGAUUUCUUGUUGGAGCCGUGGCUGUCGUAUCGUGGACGUACCGUUAUUUCCGGGGAAUGCACCCGGCUGGAUCGGAUCAAAUGGAUUACGCACGUGGUCGGAUCUAUGACACAGCCUCGCACGUUAAAGAUUACGCUAGAGAGUACGGUGGAUACUUCCACGGUAGGGCCAAAGAUGCAGCCCCUGGUGCUUAACCUGAACCGGUCCGUAUUGAGGGUAAGAUCAGAGCCCGGUCACGCUAUUAGAAACAAAUAUAUUUACAAAUUAUCUUAAGCUUUUCAUAAAUUGUACGAACAAAAAGUUUUGUUUUAAAAACCAUAGUUUUAUGAUAUAUUUUUUUACUUAAAUUAUAAUAAAAUAAGAUUCGCC